CGCCGAGAGUGCAGCGCGAGCGAGCUAGCGAGAGGCGACAGGCGACGGUGCGGCCAGUUGGCCGUGCGGUGACUGCGGCCACCUGCCCGAGCACCCUGGUCCGCCCUCAGAGCCCGGCGAUGCGCCGCGGCGCCGCAUGGGCGCUGCUGCUGGCCGCAGCCCUGGGGCUCGGGGCUCGCGGGGUGCGCUCUGCGGUGCCCCUCGCCGACUUCUACCCGUUCGGCACGAAGCGCGGCGACGCCGUCACCCCAAAGCAGGACGACGGCGGCUCGGGGCUGCAGCCCCUCUCGGUGCCCUUCCCGUUCUUCGGCGCCGAGCACUCCGGACUCUACGUGAACAAUAACGGGAUCAUCUCCUUCCUGAAGGAGGUUUCUCAGUUCACCCCUGUGGCCUUCCCCAUUGCCAAAGACCGCUGUGUGGUAGCAGCCUUCUGGGCAGAUGUGGACAACCGACGUGCAGGCGACGUCUACUACCGGGAGGCCACUGACCCGGCCACACUACGGAGAGCCACAGAGGACAUCAGACGGUACUUUCCUGAGCUCCCGGACUUCUCUGCUACCUGGGUUUUUGUUGCCACCUGGUACCGCGUGACCUUCUUUGGAGGCAGCUCCUCUUCCCCCGUCAACACAUUCCAAAUAGUGCUCAUCACCGAUGGCCAGUUCUCCUUCACCAUCUUCAACUACGAGGCCAUCCUGUGGACCACAGGCACACACGCCAGCAGCGGGGGUGAUGCUGACGGCUUGGGAGGCAUCGCAGCCCAGGCAGGUUUCAACGCAGGUGAUGGUCACCGUUACUUCAACAUCCCUGGGUCACGCACAGCAGACAUGGCUGAGGUGGAGACCACCACCAACGUGGGCGUGCCCGGGCGCUGGGCGUUUAGAAUCGAUGAUGCCCAGGUGCGCGUGGGGGGCUGCGGCCAUACAACCUCUGUGUGCCUGGCCCUGCGUCCGUGCCUCAAUGGCGGCAAGUGCAUUGAUGACUGCAUCACAGGCAAUCCCUCCUACACCUGCUCCUGCCUCGCGGGCUUCACAGGGCGGAGAUGCCACCUGGAUGUAAACGAGUGUGCCUCCCACCCAUGCCAAAAUGGUGGGACCUGCACCCACGGCAUCAACAGCUUCAGCUGCCAGUGCCCCGUCGGCUUCACGGGACUCACCUGUGAAUCAGCCCAGUCUCCCUGUGACAACAAAGUGUGUCAAAAUGGCGGCCAGUGCCAGGCAGAGAGCAGCUCCGCAGCAUGUGUGUGCCAGGCUGGGUACACUGGGGCCACCUGUGAGACAGAUGUGGAUGAAUGCAGCUCCGACCCAUGCCUGAAUGGAGGAUCAUGUGUUGACCUGGUUGGAAACUACAGCUGUGUUUGUGUGGAGCCCUUCGAGGGACCUCGAUGUGAGACAGGAAGAUACCCAGUGCCCUCCCCCUGCCUCUCCAACCCCUGCCAGAAUGGGGGCACCUGUGUGGAUGCAGAUCCGGGAUACGUGUGCGAGUGCCCUGAAGGCUUCAUGGGCUUGGACUGCACAGAGAGAAUCCUCAAUGACUGUGAGUGCCGGAACGGAGGCAGAUGCUUGGGUGCCAACACCACCCUCUGCCAGUGUCCUCCGGGCUUCUUCGGGCUCCUUUGUGAAUUUGAAGUCACAGCCACACCCUGCAACAUGAACACGCAGUGUCCAGACGGAGGCUACUGCAUGGAGUACGGCGGGAGCUACCUCUGUGUCUGCCACACAGACCACAACAUCAGCCACUCUCUGCCGUCACCCUGCGAUUCAGACCCUUGCUUUAAUGGAGGCUCCUGUGAUGCCCACGACGACUCCUACACAUGCGAGUGUCCCCGUGGAUUCCACGGCAGGCACUGCGAGAAAGCCCGGCCACACCUCUGCAGCUCGGGGCCCUGCCGGAAUGGGGGCACAUGCAAAGAAACAGGCAAUGAGUACCACUGCACCUGCCCUUAUCGCUUCACUGGGAGACACUGUGAGAUUGGAAAGCCAGACUCCUGUGCCUCUGGUCCCUGUCACAAUGGUGGCACUUGCUUUCACUACAUUGGCAAAUACAAGUGUGAUUGCCCUCCAGGCUUCUCUGGGCGACACUGUGAGAUAGCCCCCUCCCCCUGCUUCCGGAGCCCAUGCAUGAAUGGGGGCACCUGUGAAGAUCUAGGAGCAGAUUUCUUCUGCCACUGCCAGCCAGGGUAUACAGGACACUGGUGUCAGGCAGAGGUGGACUGUGGUCGCCCUGAGGAGGUGAAGCAUGCGACCAUGCGCUUCAAUGGAACUCACUUGGGCUCAGUGGCCCUGUACACAUGUGACCGUGGCUUCAGCCUGACUGCUCUCAGCCACAUGCGUGUCUGCCAGCCACAAGGUGUCUGGAGUCAGCCUCCCCAGUGCAUUGAAAUAGAUGAGUGCCAGUCUCAGCCAUGCCUGCAUGGAGGCUCCUGCCAGGACCUCACCGCUGCUUACCAGUGCCUCUGCAGCCCAGGGUACGAAGGAGUCCACUGUGAGCUAGAGACAGACGAGUGCCAAGCACAGCCCUGUAGAAAUGGAGGCUCCUGCAGGGACCUCCCAGGAGCUUUUAUCUGCCAGUGCCCUGAAGGUUUCACUGGAGUCCACUGCGAAACAGGUAGGGUUCUUUCAGGUGGGUCCCACAGAACCAGGGCUGCUAGGAGAUCGGAGGGAAGUCAGGAGCCAUCCUCUUGCUGGACAAGCCACCCAGGGAAAGAAACCCCCCAAGGCUGUGGUGACCUGGAGGGAGGAAGGAAACUGGGUGGUGGGAGGGAUCCCCAAGAGCCCCUCCUACCCACAGGUGCGCCAUACCCCUCUCCUGGCCACUGCUCCUUGCCUCCCCCCUAUCCCUUCUUCCCGCUGUACUCUCCUCCCUCCCCCAGAGUCCCUCCCUGCAGCUCGGGCCAACCCUUUGGGUGUUCUCCAGAGGUGGACGCCUGUGCCUCCAGCCCCUGCCAGCACGGAGGCCGGUGUGAGGACGGUGGUGGGGCCUACCUGUGCGUGUGUCCAGAGGGCUUCUUUGGCUACCACUGCGAGACAGUGAGUGACCCCUGCUUCUCUAGCCCCUGUGGGGGCCGCGGCUACUGCUUGGCCAGCAACGGGUCCCACAGCUGUACCUGCAAAGUGGGCUACACAGGCAAGGACUGCACCAAAGAGCUCCUCCCACCAACAGCUCUCAGAGUAGAGAGGGUGGAGGAGAGUGGGGUCUCCAUCUCCUGGAGCCCACCUGAGGGCACCAUGGCCAGACAGGUGCUGGACGGCUAUGCGGUCACCUACGCCUCCUCGGACGGAUCCUCCCGGCGCACAGACUUCGUGGACCGGAGCCGCUCCUCUCACCAGCUGCGAGCCUUAGCAGCCGGCCGUGCCUACAAUAUCUCUGUUUUCUCCGUCAAACGAAACACCAACAACAAAAACGACAUCAGCAGGCCCGCAGCGCUGCUCACCCGCACCCGACCCCGCCCUGUGGAAGACUUUGAGGUCACCAACAUUUCAGCCAAUGCCAUCUCAGUGCAGUGGGCUCUCCACAGGAUCCAGCAUGCUACUGUCAGCAGGGUUCGAGUGUCCAUCCUCUACCCUGAGGCCUCAGUGGCCCAGGCCACUGAGGUGGACAGGAGUGUGGACCGACUCACAUUUGGGGACCUGCUGCCAGGAAGAAGAUACACUGUGCGGCUAACCACCCUCAGUGGGCCUGGGGGAGCCGAGCACCCCACUGAGAGCCUGGCCUCAGCACCACUGAAUGUGUGGACCCGGCCUUUGCCUCCAGCGAACCUGACUGCCUCUCGAGUCACAGACACCUCUGCCCACAUGGUAUGGGAUGCCCCCGCUCCAGGCAUCUCACUGGAGGCUUAUGUCAUCAAUGUGACCACCAGUCAGAGCACCAAGAGUCGCUAUAUCCCCAAUGGGAAGCUGGUGUCCUACACGGUGCGGGACCUGCUGCCAGGUCGGCGGUACCAGCUCUCAGUUACGGCUGUGCAGAGCACGGAGCAGGGCCAGCUGCACAGUGAACCUGCCCACCUCUACAUCAUCACCUCCUCCAGGGAUGGCACUGACAGACGUUGGCACCAGGGAGGACACCACCUACGGAUGCUCAGAAACAGACCGGCCCCUGUGCGCCUUCCAGAGCUGCGCCUGCUCAAUGACCACAGUGUCCCUGAAACACCAACUCAGCCACCCAGGUUCUCAGAGCUUGUAGAUGGAAGAGCAAGAGUGAGUGCCAGGUUUGGUGGCUUACCCAGCAAAUCAGUCACUGUGAGAUCACAACCCACCACUCCGGUGCCACUCAAGAACACAGAGGAGGCCCCUGAGCAGGUCCGCCUGGCCCUCCAGCUAUCCAAGAACAACAGCAAGGACCCAGAAAGUGCCCCUGGUAGCUGUUCAGAAGAUGCCUGUCAGAAUGGAGGCACCUGUGUGCCAGGUGCCAAUGCCCACAGCUGUGACUGCAGACCUGGGUUCAAAGGCAGACACUGUGAGCUUGCCUGUGAAAAAGUGCCUCGCCCCUGCACGCGGCUGUUCUCGGAGACAAAGUCGUUUCCUGUCUGGGAAGGAGAUGUCUGCCACCACGUGUAUAAGAAAGUCUACAAAGUUCACCAGGACAUCUGCUUUAAAGAGCGCUGUGAGAGCACAAGCCUCAGGAAACCCCAAGCAGGAAACAAAGUAACAGUCAAACACUGAAGAAAUCUUAAGGAACACUCCUUCAUACCAAGAUCUGUUGAGAACUGGAGACACCAUCACACCCAGCACCUUGAGCACUGAGGUCCUUUACCAGACACUGAUGGCACAGACUCAGCACUGUGCUCUUACAGACCCAACCAGGAAGGCUCCAGAACUCCCUGUAGAUACAACCUGGUCUGGCCGUGAAUACGAAUCUGCUUUCAGGUGGAAAUGAGACUUUAAGGGGGGAGGGGCAUCUCUCUCUCUCUCUCUCUCUCUCUCUCUCUCUCUCUCUCUCUCUCUCUCAGCAGAUCAGUUACAGCGAGGCACAAGAAUCACCUGGCCCCUUUAGGGCAGUGGGCCUGGGUGGUAGAAGGAUCAAGGAUGCCAAACAACCCUGGGGGUGCUGGGAAGGCUCUAAGGAAGUACCCCCAACCCUAUGAAUGGCAUUCUACUGGUAAAAUAGGGUGGGAGCCUUGUCAUGUAACACCCAGGUGAUCCUAAAUGCAGCCUCUCAUUGGGGGGUUAGGGUGGAUCCUGGGAUUCUAAGCACCAAUAUCCCUGAAAUGAAAGAAACUUUGCCUGUUUGCUCCAGCACGCCCCACCCACCUCCCCAUGUAUAAACUGUGAGAUGUUAAAGGGCAUUGGAUGUUUUUCCACAACAGUCUGGAAAAUACUGGGUUACUCUGCGGAGACCCCUGUAUAGCCCAAACUCAGCCCCACAGUGACUUCCUAUUGACGUGACAUAAUUGGGAACGACAGAUUGGCUGGCCCAAGAUAAUUUACUCCCCUCCCUUGGGAGAGCCAGAACAGUUCACUUUUCCUGUGUUGGGAGAGAGGCGUAUCUGGAAACUAGCCACAUCAGCAGUCAGCUUUUUCUUCUACAGUGGAGGACAUGAAGGAGAAAUGUCACCCAAAGGCCUAAGAACAACCACAAACAAAGGAGCUCCAGGCAACACUCAUCCUAAGGAAAAAUGCUCACAGUAAGGGAUAGGACAUGAGCAAAGGUGAUCGGGGCAUCAGAACAGCAGGCUCUCGGACAUCAAGCAGCAGGGCCUUUGAAAACCUUGUAUGAAGAGCAGCUGACAACACUCAAAUCCUGUCCGCUCAACAGCAUCACCUUUCACCUCAGCCUCCAAGAAUGCAAACACAAAACACCUCCAACACUUGUGAGCAAUUUAAACCCAGGAAGAUCAAGAGUCAGUCCAGAAAUUAUUUGGUUUUAAAAUAUUUAUAUUGCAAUACGUCACUUGAAAUAUCAAUGUAUCUUUUAAGAACUCACCCAGAAUGCCCAUUUUUAUAAAAAUUAAUAAUUCCCAGCUACUUACCACAAACUGACUUAUAGAACACUUAUUUCCAGAGCAACAGGGAAAACAGACAGGAAGCACGCAUGCGUGCGCGUGUACACACAGACAGACAGACAGACAGACAGACAGACAGACAGACACACACACACACACACACACACACACACACUCACGGAAAACACCAUUCAAGGCUGCCCUAGGAAAAUGACCCAGUGCCAUCACCAGAAGGCAGCAGGGGACCAGCAGCCUAUUGAUUCAAAUUUAAAGGACAGGCUGAACCCAGGUGUCCUCAUGGAGGUUCCUGUGUUCUCACUUCCACCCUCUGCAUCACAGCCAGCUGGAAUUCUGGCGAUGCAAGAAUGAAUACAGGUCCCCUGGGGAACAGUGCCUGCUGCCCCCAGAGAAAGAUAGCAUAAAAAGGAGUCUGUUUGCUGCUCCUGCUUCUAAAGGGUCAGCAGGUGCUGGUAACACUGCCCACCUCAAGAAUUUUCAAGAUGCAGGAAGAUGAGGUCCAAAACUUAACUUAAAAAUGACAGGAGACAAGUUCUUGGCUGUAGUCAGUCUCCCCUAAGAUCUCUGUCCUCAGAUUUCUAGAAGAUAGACAACCAGAUCCGCACACCCAAGGAUUCCUGCAAGGGAAGCCCUGAAGCAUCUGCAAUCUUAACCCAGGCUGCUGUUUGUGCAGCUGUAGCCAGUACCUCUGUGAGCAGUGAGUGUGCAAAUUACCUGGGUUAGCAGGCUUGGUCAGUGGUGCUUCUCUAUGCCCGGAAACCACCCCAGAUUCCAGCAUCAGAGAAGUGUCUCUUGAACCCUCAAAACCUCAAGAAGAAAGGUCUCAGCUUUCACAAGAGACGCAAAAAGGGCCACAUGGUAACAGAGGAGCUCUACCCUGCUCCUCUCAUUUAUACUGACCUAAAGAAAUGCUAAUCACUACUACUACAGAGUUUAGACACUUGGUCUACAACUCAGGAGUUGGCAGGGCAGACAAAUGCUCAAGCAGUAUUUUGGGUUUUCAGAUGGCGUGACCUCUCUGGUACCCACCCAACUCUGCUACUGUACUGCCAGCACAGUCACAGAUGUAGACAGACAGCAUGGCUGUAUCCCAUUAACUCUUCAUCCACAGAAACAAGUGGUAGGCCACAGUUGGCAGUACCUGGCUUAGAUCUAGACCUCGGUCUUCUGUACAGAGACAUCUCCUGAAGGACAAACUGCCAUCAAGGCAUGAAGACCCCUGAACAUCACAGAAGGAGCCAAGAUCCUUGCUCAGAAACCUAAGAUAUGCAUCCACCAUAAAGCAGCAAGCGCUACUCUGUUCACAUCUGAAGGGAGCACAGAGUGGCACAGGGCGGGCAGGCUCCUGGAGACAGUGCCCAAGGCGUCUUGUAAUCCGUGCCUCAAGUAGAUGGUCUGGCCAACAAAGACAAACACACUUCACCCAGCCUGUUUUCCACUCUACUCUCAACAAGGCUCUAAGCAGCUGCCUUCUCCUGUAGUGAGGUCGGAAAAAAGAUCCCUCGAGAACAGAGCCUACCUGACUGGAGAUCCAGCACCAACCAGAGGCCUCCUGUCCUCAGUUCAUAAAAAUGUACUUUGAAGAAAAACAUUUAUUUUUACCAAAUAUUGUUGAGCCUGUGCAGUAUGCAAUUUUUUCCUUUUCAUGUCAAAAACUCACAGUGGCUUGUCUCCAGAGACCUGGGGGGCCAAAGACAGGGCUCAGAGACCAGCUCCACAAACAUCUAUGUCAACUUCCAUGCGACAGUGAGACCUGCCACCACCCCGCUACAGAAGCUACAGCAUUAGCAGUGAAUGGCAAGACCAAGUGACAUCGCUGGAAACGUAGAUGAAACCUUUAUAGUAAUGACCUCAGGAGCCUCACCCGCCAGGCCAAUGCUGCCACAUUCCCACUUCCAGUUGGAGCCUAUGUUUCAGACAGGACCCAGCCCACUGCACAAUCCUUCCAGUGUUUCCCAGUGGAGACAGACUUGCUGGUGCUGAGGAAGUCGUGGGUAACAUUCCACACAUGCCUCUGCUUUCUCACACGUCUUUCGGAAGCAGAUGUGUGUCCUUCCAAAACAGUCACUGUCCACUUGGGAAAUGUCACAAUAGAAUCAGAAGACUGACAAGGUGUAAAGAUUUAUUUGGGGGCCAAAAUGAAGACGCAAUCAUGAGUUGUUGGGCUUACCAACUGUGUUUGCUAAUCCAAACACAGGAUGAGCAGACACCUAACUAAGCUCAGGGUUAGCAUUCUAUUUAGCUUUGAUGGAGCCCAAGGCCAAAUAUCCUACAUUCAGGGACAGUGGAGGUCACUUCAGUGCCACGAAGUAGAAGAGUGAGCAGCAAAGAACGAGCAUCACUGUUCUCAAAGAGCUUUGCCUAUGGCCAAGAACAGCCAGGAGGCAUUUCCCUUCUCUACUGCCUUCGGGCUGCUGGAGGCAGACAGGACGGCUUGCUGUGUCUUACUUUGUGUUGAGAGUCCAACAGGCAAAGACACAGCCUUGCCAGGGGUUGGCCUGCCUCACAGACCUGCCACAGUGGGAGCUCUGAUUGCAUGGGAGUCUUGGGAUGACGGCUUUUCUCUGUGAAUGUUCUUCUCUUUGCAGUCAGGCUCUAGGUGAGUCCAAAGCCUCCGCGCCUUGGUGCUGAUCCCUCACAAAAUACACCUCAGAUCCAGCAAGAUCUCUACUUUAGACAGAAAUAAGUAUGUCAAGCCCAUUUACCAUCCAAAUGUGGUAUGGUCACAGUACUUUACUGGGCCAGGUCUUGGAGCAGUUUCUCAGCUUGGACACUGCUUUGUGGACCUGAUCAUUCAUGUGCAGUGCAAGGGAGGGUAUUUUGCUGGCUUCUACUCUCAAGAUCCCAGGGCCCUGACACACAGAAAAAUCUCCAAAGAUUAUCAGAUAUCUUGAGAAUCAGGGCAUCCCCAUGUGUGCAUUGGGUUCUGUCUAUAUAGGAAACACAAGACCCAUAGAGGGAUUUCACAUGACUAUUAAAUGUCACUAAGUAGAAAAAAAAAAUAUUACCAAGCAUUUCUGAUUUUGGCUCUACCAUCAAAAAAGCUUUCUGCAUCACCAGCCCUGUGCGGUUUCCUGAGGAAGGGCCACAGACAACUUCCUAGGAGGCCUCAAUCCUCUGAGCCUUAGCUCCAUCAAACCAGGCCUCUCCUCAGAGCUCGCCUCAUGCCAGCACCAGUACUGAAGAGCACUCAAGACACUCACCGUGCUCCCCAGGGUGAUAUCCAUUCCAGGGUAUCUGAAAGAUCCCUACAAUAAACCAAAAUCAGACCUGGGGUCUGUGUUCUCCAUCUAUCACACAAAAGGCAGAAGGGAAGUCCCUCAGAGACCAGCCCCAGCCCCUGAAGUGCUGGUUUUGAGCCCGUUCACUCUGGCAGCACAGGCUAAAUAGCCAAAGAACCAGGCCUUGAAGUGGCUAUUAGCCACGAACCCACAUGAAGGCCAGCUUGCCCAAGCAGGAAGGGUCAGCAUCUCACAGAUGAGAAGAAUGUUUUGCUAGUCCGAAGACUGCAAAACUAAACACAUUACUAACCAACGCCUUUCACUCUGCUGUACACUGAAC